CUCCUCCUCCCCCUCCGAGUGACACAAAACCAGAUAGACCUACAAACACUCACAUGGGGAUUCGAUUUCAUAGCAACCAGCCUCAGCGUUCCCUCCCUCCCUUGAGCAAAAGAGGGCGGAGACUGGGAACAGGUGAACACCUAAGAGCUCCCAUUCCAGCAGGAUGCAAAUCCUCACAGUUGAAACCUGUUCUUGCUGAUCUGUGGCACGCAGGCUUCUGGAGUCAUGGCGAACGGCGCACUGGAGAUUGUGGGAAUGUGCGUGACCCUAAUCGGGCUUAUUGGGGCGGCGGCCAGCACCGGGAUGCCGAUGUGGCGGGUGACGGCGUUCAUCGGGGAGAACAUCAUCGUGAUGGAGACCCGUUACGAGGGUUUGUGGAUGAACUGCUACCGGCAGGCCAACAUUCGGAUGCAGUGUAAAGUGUACGACUCCCUGCUGGCGCUGUCCCCGGACCUCCAGGCCGCACGGGGGCUCAUGUGCUGCUCCGUGGCAUUGACCGGUUUGGGUUUACUUAUCUCCAUCGUCGGGAUGAGGUGCACGGCAUGCAUUCAAGACAACGACCGUGCCAAGCGUAUGGUUCUGAUCAUCUCCGGUUGCAUGAUCCUAGUGGGCUGCUUCUGCUGCCUCAUUCCCAUCUCAUGGACCGCACACGCCAUUAUACAGGAUUUCUACAACCCCUUGCUUAUCGAUGCCCAGCGUAGGGAGCUUGGGGAGGCUUUGUACAUCGGUUGGGUGUCGUCGGCCUUCCUGUUCACCGGUGGUUGUAUAUUCACUUGCUGUAGCGGCCCCUUGGACAAGGGCCCAGACCCAAGGUACAGGUACUCCAGGAACGCACCCUAUGUGGCCUAUCAGCCACAACCCAUGGCCUUCCAUCCGCAAGCGCGGUCCGACUACAGUCAUCCGUCAGGACCACCGUCGUUCAUUCAGACGUCGUAUCAACCGUCCCGACAGCAGUCGUUCAUUCAGCCGUCGUACCAACCGACCAGACAGCAGUCGUUCAUUCAGCCGUCGUACCAACCGACCAGACAGCAGUCGUUCAAACAACCGUCCCGACACCCGUCCGCCCGCAGCGCAGUGGCUUAUCUCUGAAACCCACAGGCUUGUGUAUUUGUGUUUUUGUAUGUUUGUGUGUGUUAGAGAGAGAUGGGAAGCUUGGACUUCUAAACAAAGAUAAAAAAAAUAAAAAAAAAUUAAUAAUAAAAUUGUAACAUUUAAAUGGUUUUAAAUGUAACAAAUUUAGUCAUACAUUUAAUUUUUGCAAGUUUCAUU